AUGGCGCCGCGGACAGUUAAAGCGAAGUCAAAGCCUCACCAGGACACAAGCCGGGUGUUGAAACGGAAGCGCGGCGAAGAUAGCUUGGCUACCCUCGUAAAACAGGUUGAGGAUCUCGAUCUCAAAGCCACCGUCAAAAACUUCUCCGAUCUCCCGCUCUCCGAACCAACAUCCAAAGGCCUCGCAGCCUCUCAUUUCAAAACUCUUACCGAUAUUCAAUCGCGUGCCAUCAGCCAUGCCUUCAAGGGACGUGAUAUCCUCGGCGCCGCCAAGACCGGUAGCGGAAAGACUCUGGCGUUCCUAAUCCCCAUCCUCGAGAAUCUCUAUCGCAAAAAAUGGACCGAGUUGGAUGGUCUCGGCGCUCUUGUUCUGUCGCCUACACGUGAGCUAGCGAUUCAGAUCUUCGAGGUGCUUCGCAAAAUCGGUCGAUACCACAAUUUCUCUGCUGGAUUGGUUAUCGGCGGAAAGAGUUUGCGCGAGGAACAAGAUCGUCUGGGACGCAUGAACAUCCUGGUUUGUACACCUGGUCGUAUGCUGCAGCAUUUGGAUCAGACCGCUAUGUUUGAGACGAAUAAUUUGCAGAUGCUGGUACUCGAUGAAGCCGAUCGUAUCAUGGACAUGGGUUUCCAGAAGACCGUGGAUGCUAUCAUCGACCAUCUCCCGAAGCAGCGCCAGACAAUGCUGUUCAGUGCCACACAAACCAAGAAGGUUGGUGAUUUGGCUCGUCUGAGUCUGCAAGAACCCGAGUACGUCUCCGUCCACGAAGCAGCCGCCUCCGCCACUCCCUCAACCCUCCAACAACACUACACCAUUACUCCACUGCCACAAAAGCUCGAUACCCUCUGGAGUUUCAUUCGCAGCAACCUCAAAUCCAAAACAGUCGUUUUCUUGUCGUCUGGCAAGCAAGUGCGAUACGUAUACGAAUCUCUAAGACAGUUGCAGCCUGGUAUUUCCUUGUUGCAUCUGCACGGCCGACAGAAACAGGGUGGACGACUGGAUAUCACUACAAAGUUCUCUCAGGCUCAACAUGCGGUUCUUUUCGCCACCGAUGUUGUUGCCCGUGGUCUGGAUUUCCCCGCUGUCGAUUGGGUUAUCCAGAUGGAUUGUCCCGAAGACGCUGAUACCUAUAUUCAUCGUGUCGGGCGAACAGCCCGUUACGAACGUGUUGGUCGCGCUGUGCUUUUCUUGGACCCCAGCGAGGAGCAGGGCUUCCUUAAGCAGCUUGAGCACAAGAAGGUGCCCAUUGAGAAGAUCAAUACCAAAGCGAACAAGCAGCAGAGUGUCAAGAGCCAGCUGCAAAACAUGUGUUUCAAGGACCCAGAGCUGAAGUAUCUGGGCCAGAAAGCUUUCAUCUCUUACGUCAAGUCGAUCUACGUGCAAAAGGACAAGGAGACCUUCAAGAUCAAGGAGCUUCCUUUGGAAGAGUAUGCAGCCAGUUUGGGUCUCCCCGGUGCUCCCCGUAUCAAGUUCAUCAAGGGUGACGAUGCGAAGGAGCGCAAGAACGAGUCCUGGAGAAUGGCACAAAUGUCCAGCGGUGAUGAAUCAGACGCAGAGAAGAAGAAGAAGGACGAGAAGGAGGUUCGCACACGCUACGACCGUAUGUUCGAGCGACGCAACCAGGGUGUAUUGGCCGAGCACUACUCAAAGCUCAUCAACGACGAUGGUACAAUGAUUGCUACCGGCGCCCCCAAGGAUGCCGACAAGGAUCUCGACGACGAGGCCGACGAGGAUGCCGAUUUCCUCUCAGUCAAGCGCCGGUUUGCGGCAGGAGACGCAGAACUUGGCGAGAAGAGCGAUUCUUCUGGCUCCGAGGACUCCGAUGUCGAGACGACGACCAAGGACAGCAGAGGUACCAAGAUGGUGCACUUGGACGGCCAGGACCCACUACUCAUCGACUCCAAACGACGCGAGAAGCUGCUCAAGUCGAAGAAGAAGCUUCUCAAGUUCAAGGGCAAGGGUACCAAGUUGGUCUACGACGACGAAGGCAAUGCCCACGAGGUGUACGAGAUGGAAGACGAGGAGGCAUUCAAGGCUCGCGGCGACGCGAACACCCAGCGGGAGAAGUUCCUCGAGGGCGAGACAGAGCGCACCCGCCAAGCCGAUAUCGAGGACAAGGAAGUCAUGCGCGAGAAGCGCCGCGAGAAGAAGGAGAAGCGCAAGGCACGCGAACGUGCCGAGGCUGCCGCAGAGAUGGAGGAGGAAGACGAAGGUGCUUUCUCGCAUCUUCCUCAUGUGCCCUUCGAGAUCCCUGGAUCAGAUUCAGACGACGCCUCCGAGCGCGAGCAGCCCCGACCCAGCAAGAAGCAACGUGUUUCCUUUGCCGAGCCGGACAGCGACGACGACAAGCCCAGAAGCAAGAAGAGCCAGGCCUCUGCCAAGCCUAUCGAAACUCUGGGGGAUCUGGAGGCUUUGGCCAGUGGAUUGCUGGGUUAG